CCUCCAUUGCCUCGGAUACGGAAACCUCUACUGGCCCAGACGAUUCUGCCCACCUCAUUGCUCAAUCGCAGACAUUUGGGGGAAGGCCUAAUAUAUUCGCCACAACUUCUGCGUCUCAAUUUUGACAAUGGCGCUCGCUGCCUCGUCUACCGCCGGCCAAGUCGCCUAUCCCCCCCUAUACUCCUUCCCUCCAUUCUUCACCCUUCAAGCAAAUGCAACCACUCUUUCCAUCCAACUAGCACAAUGGACCUCUCUAGCGCUCAACUGGUGCGCCCAUUACAGAGUCUUCUUCCUCGAUGUAGACAUAGCAAUGGAUGACGUCGGCUCGAGUGGAGCUACUGCGAAGCCGAUACAGAGCUUGUGGUCGAAUCCUGCGAUCAGUAGGAGGCUGGAUGCGGUGGGACGGAGGAGAGUGAUAGAGACGAUGAUCGAGGAAGGCAAAGCAGCAUGGGAACCGAAACCGCCGUCGAAGCCCAAGCCAGGCACACUACCGCCCAAUCGAGCUCUGAUCUACUGGCGUACGCCCGAGGAGUGGGGUCAGAAGAUUCAUCAAUGGGUGAUCAGUACUGGUCAGAAUAGAUCGAUUAUGACCUUCUUUGAGCUGACAGAGGGAGAUUUAGUGGAGGAUCAAGACUUCUACCAGCUACCUCCUGUGCUCCUACGGCGUGCCCUCGAGACCCUGGUGAAGCAGGGCAAGGCUCAGAUCUUCGAAGGUACAGAGAGGGGGCAAGGUCUCGAGGGUGUGAAAUUUGCCGCCUAGAUGCGUGAGGUGUCGCAAAUAGCAUUGAUACAAUUCAUACGAUUAUAGAGAGGUGGAGAAGGGUAGAGCUAGGAACACUUGUACUUUAGCCUCAUAUAGCAUUCGGACCCUUUCGCUGCAUCCUGUACCCUGUACCGCUUCGCUGUUGCCCGCGCUCGCUGCGCCCGGCUGAGUAG